UCUUCCUUGGGACUCGGCCUUAAACCCUAAAUUUGCUGGCGAGAUUCGUUCAGCAAAGGAAUUUUCUUUGAUUUGUUGUUUUUGAUUGAUGUCAAUCUUCAUCCAGCUCCAGCAAGGUACAUAUCAAGGGCUCUUUUUCUGAGUGGAGAUCUUCUUAUUUUCUUUUUGAAAUUUUUUCUCUCUCUCUUCCCUUCCUCCGCGAGAAAGCUGGAAUUUUCCUUGCUCAAAAUGUACUGUAAUUUAACUAGAAGUCAAGGGUUUCCCAUGGCUAUUAGGGUUUCGUUGCAACAAGCACCUGUAAAAUGUUUCCAUACAUCAGCGUCAUCAUCUUUAGCAGUAGGGUUUUGCGUGAACCCCAAAGGAGACGCCUUCGCAGAUAUUUCAAGCGGGUUUAGUCGUAGCCAUUGUAAACCUUUAGGGUUUCUGAAACAAGGGAGUGUCUCUGUUAGUUCGCACUUUAGGACAGUGGAAACUGGACGAGCGACAAAACCUGGAAGUGGUUCGAGGGUUAUUGGUAGGAGGGUCUUUUCGAGUUUGAAUGCACAGAGAGCUGAUGAUCGAAUAAGUACCGUGAAAGCUGGAGAUUCUCUUCCUUGGUUGGAGUCGAAUACUGUUGGAGGAGCCAAAAGGUCGGAGAAGGGAAGUAGCAGCAGUAGUAAGGGUCGUUCUUCUUGGGAGGAAUCUGCUAAGAGGUUGGAUAAAGCUGGUGGUGGUGGUGAUUCAAUAUGGGUGGAAUCUUCCGAAAAAACGGCAAAAAACACAUUUCCAAAAGCUAGGCAGUUGGCUUGGGAGAAGCGGGAUAAGAGAGCUGAUUCUGUUGCUGACAGGAGAAGAAGUGGAUACAAGAAGAUGGGUGAAGCAAAGCGUAAUAAUUCUGUUCGUGCUGUUGAAGAUAGAUACAUUGAAGGCGAAGAAGAAGAAGAGGUAGAAGAACAAGGACAAGUUGAAGAAGAAGUGGAGGUUGUUGAUGAUCAUAGGGGGUCCGAAAUCAAGAAUAGGUUCGAUAGAUUUGUUGAUGUAAGAGAUCAUGGGCGUGGCAAACCAGGAAACAUGAAAUGGGAUAAGCAGGAAGCUUGGGGAAGGAAAACAUGGAAAGAAGCUACCGAGUCAACUGUGCCUAGAAUGGUCGGUGAAGGUGUUUAUGGAGUAGGUCCAGUGUUGGCUGCCCUAUCUGCCGGCAGACGAGAAUUUUACGCAUUGUAUGUCCAAGAAGGUUUAGAUAUGAGCAGUAACAACAGGAAAAAGAAAGACAAGAAAGGGUUUGAGAGAAUAUUGAAGAUUGCCGAAAAGAUAGGAUUAAGCAUAAAGGAAACUUCAAAGCAUGAUCUUAACAUGGUUGUCGACAACCGUCCCCAUCAAGGCUUGAUCCUUGAUGCUUCCCCUCUGGAAAUGGUAAGAGUGAAAGAGCUAGAUCCUAUGUCAUCUGAUGAAGAAAAACCCUCAGUUUGGGUAGCCCUAGACGAGGUAACCGAUCCCCACAACUUGGGUGCAAUCAUAAGGUCUGCUUACUUCUUUGGAGCAACUGGCAUUGUCUUAUGUGCUAAGAAUUCAGCUCCUUUAAGCGGUGUGGUGAGUAAAUCGAGUGCGGGUUCCCUUGAGGUAAUGGAACUCAGGUACUGCAAAAAUAUGAUGCAGUUCUUGACAUCCUCAGCUGAUAAUGGUUGGCGUGUGAUUGGGGGUUCGGUUUCUUCAAAGGCUAUUCCUUUGAACGAAAUUUCACCCGGUACCCCGACAAUUCUUGUGUUGGGGAAUGAAGGAACUGGUUUAAGGCCAUUGGUAGAGAGAUCAUGUACUGAGCUAGUCCGGAUAAACGGCAACAUCCCCAUAGAUAUUGCAGCUGGAGAAUCCAAUGAAGUAGAAGGUGAGGAAUUCAGAUCUUUUCUCGCUGUGGAGAGCUUGAACGUGAGUGUUGCAGCUGGUUUGCUUCUUCACCACUUCAUAGGCAACGGGCAGUCGUCUAGUUCUGAGGUAACUUCUGAAUGAAAAGGCCCUUUUAUUUCGAUGAACAGAACAGGGCAAGGCAUAAUACAGAUUUAGCCGUUUGUGGAUCAUCUCCUUACUUAUGUUUCAAAUCUGUUAUUUGCCUUAAUGAGAGAUCCCAUUUCUUAGGAGAGUUUCAAUGCUCUGUUCUUGCAAAGUAAAGCAGCCGGCUGAGUUCUUUUGCUUGGUGGUUUCUUCUGUUAAUCUUAGCUUCAGAUUCAGGAAUAUCAUCCAUUACCCUUUUCUGAGAAAUUUGAUGCCAAGAUUUCUUUGAAAGGAUACUUUGGAUCUUGAUUGAAAAAAAAAAAGAUCUGUACUUUACAUGA